GAAGAACAGUUUCACCCACAGAUAGAAGUCGUUUGAUAAGACCUAACUAGCCGCCCGAGUUCAAUCUUAACUAGACAUGGAGCAAUCUUUUGCUUCUCGCUAGUGUCUGAGGACGAGCCGCCGAGCGACGCUGAGCUGUGGUGGUGCUGUAUAGUUUGUCCGCUCUCGCCCGUCAUGCGGUGGUAGUUACUGCAUGAGUGCCUUCCAGAAGGGCCGAAAAUCCACCCAUCCAGUCAUUGAUCAGACGAGAAGUAGAACGUCACGUGACAGGACGCGACGCAUGACGUCAGGUCAUGUCAGCGGGCCGCGGUGCGUGUGCGAGGUCUGAAAAGCCUGUCGGCCUAAGUAGGAGAUUACGCGAAAAUGCUCAUGCCACUGAUUGUGUGGCGGAGAUUGAUCGGUAAAAUAUCGCACUCACUGUGGCCUCGCCGUGCAUCGUGGAUCGCACGCCAGUUGGCCCUUGGCGAGUACGGUCAGUCGUCUGUGGGCGCGACUGGUACAAGUAGCAGAUAGCAAGCCUCGGAGACGUGACUCCUACUGUACUGUAUCUAGUCUAGUGGCUGCUUGGCCUUGAGUUAGACCAUUCUGGAUCGCGGACCUAGUUGGCCCCACAUUCGGAUUUGCUACUUGCAAUCUUCGUCUUGCUUCCCUUACCCGGUCUAGUACACCCCGAAACACAGACUAAGCUGAGCUCAGAAGCAUCGGCCCAUCAGCUCUAACGACCGGAGAACGGGAUGAUGCGGCUUUGCCUCCCCACCCCGUUCCUGAGCCUCACCGAGGACCAUGAUGACUCGCAGUUCCCGCCACCUACUGACAUUCCUUCCCACUCACUUUCCCGGGACGGGAAUCUGGGCUGUCCUCACCGCAAGCUCCCUUCCCCAGCAGCAGCAGCGCCUCCCAGCGAGCUUCCAUCGUCAGGAGACACAUCACCGCGUGACCGACGGGAUGAUGCGACUCAGCAGGUCGCUGGGUGGGCUGCGGCUUGUCACAAGCGCGGUGCUUCCGUGGAAACAGACCGGGCCUCUCUGGACGCACGGCAAUCGCUGCCACCGCGCCCCAGCGGCCGCUUCUCCCUGGAGGAAUCCUGCUGCGGUAACCGCCGGGGCUACGACAACCUGUGCUUCCGAGGGCUGGAGGCGUUUCCUGGAGAGCCCACGCGACUAUCUGACGAUUCUCCGCGCGCGAUGCUACGGAGCAGCAUGAUUCCCCGUGCCAUGAGCUCCAUUACCCCAAUUUCUGCAGGGAUUUCGCCCUCUGAGUCGGCCGGUUGCCCCUCUCGGUCUCAAACGUGGGGCUCUUUUCGGGACGCCUCAUGCAGCCAGUCCCAAGGCACGGGCAACAAUACGGAGUUCCGUGAGCCGGUGGGUCGCUCCGCUUCAUAUCCAAACUGCUGCAGUCGUCGGAGUGUCAGUCACAGGCAUUCCUUGGAGUCAGCUCUCUCGGGUUUUACUCUCAUAGAGCAGCCGCCACCUCUCACACGCCACGUCAGCCUCCACGCAGACCCCUUGAGAGCAGCGAAUCUUUCUGGCCCAUGUCACGUUCUUGGCGAUUCUAUCUGUAGGGAAUGCUCCUGGCGUGCUGCUGAGCUGGCAUGCAGCCCCACUUGGGUGGACAGUGCCAGGUCACGGAUCCAGGAGGCUGCCCUGGCAGUGGUGGAAACACAGCAGGCAGCGAUGGAGUUGAGUGCACGCAUUGAUGGGACAGAGGGAAGUGCUAAGGGAGGGCAUGCUGCUGGUGAUCACCAGGCAACAGGGUUUAGGGUUCAAUGCAGAAUGCCCACUUUCCGUGCCUCUAGGAGGAGCUUGGAUAGCAUGGUGAGCUGGCGGAGUUGGACCUUGCAGAAGGUGGGGGAGGAUCAAGCAUUAGGGAAAGGUUCCCCCACUAUUAUUGAUAGGACAACAAGUCAAGGUGCAUGCAUCACACCUCUCCUAGCCAAGCUGUUGAAUGGAGCAAAACUGGGCAUGACAAAGGGUCCCACUACCAAGGGCUAGACGUUGCGUUUAAACCUAGUUUGGGUGAUUAUUUCAUUUUUUUACUCGUUGACUCGGAUGAAGGGUUG